AUGGUCGUCCUCUACGACUCUUCUUGGAACCCUCAGGUUGAUAUCCAAACAAUAGCCCGAGUUCUUCGAAUCGGACAGACCCAGAAGGUUACCGUCUACCACUUGAUUUGUGCAGAAUCAGUCGAGCAGCAGAUGAUCGGCCGCCUACGUAAAAAACUUUAUCUUUUGUUGAAGAUCUUGGACUUCAAGGGAACUAACCCAGAUAACUCAUUGACAACUAGCAACGAUACAAAUGAUGAGAAAACCACUAUGAAAAUGUCGGUGUCUACUGCCGACCUCUGUGCAAUCCUGCGUGGUGGUGCUAGUUCCUUACACAAGCACUGGAGACAAGCAAACGACUUGGAUGCAACUACUUGA